ACCUGCCUGCCGCGACGGGGGGGAGGGGAGCGCGGGAGGGAGCUAGGGUUAGGGUUUAGGAGCCCGGGCGGCUUGAUCCAUGGACGGCGGGACGGGGCCUGGGCUGCUCUCCCCGGGCGAGGCCGAGUGGCCGCCCGAGCUCCGCCUCCCGCCGCCGCCGCCGCCGCCGCCGGUGCCACCGCCCCUCGAGCCAGCCCCGCCCUCAACUCCCCAGCUGCGCGGCGAGGCGGCCCCCUCCUCCCCGCCUCCUCCUCCGGCGCCCUCCUCCGGCGCGCGCCCGCCUCCGUGGCUGCAGUCUGCUGUGCAGGCGAGCAAAGGGACGUCCUCCCCGCCGCCUCGCCACGCAGCGGAGGGGUUCGAUGACUCGCAGUUCCUCGGCUCGAUCAUGGGGGCAGCGGCGUCCGCGCACCAGCAGUCUGCGGCGGUGGAGCAGCAGCCGGUGGUGGUGAAGAGGAAGCGGGGGAGGCCGCCUAAGAACAGGGAUGGAGUGGCGGGUGCGGCUGCGCCGCCCAAGCCGGUGAAGAAGAGGGAGGACAACGAGGAGGUCGUGUGCUUCAUCUGCUUCGAUGGGGGCAAUCUCGUGGUCUGCGAUCGAAGGGGUUGCACAAAGGUCUACCAUCCUGCUUGCAUCAAGCGCGAUGAAUCGUUCUUUCGUUCUCGGGGAAAAUGGAAUUGUGGUUGGCACAUAUGCAGCAGCUGUGAAAAGGCAGUACAUUACAUGUGCUAUACCUGUACAUACUCCCUAUGCAAAGGUUGCAUCAAACAAGGCAAAUUCUUUGGUGUCAGAGGGAAUAAGGGUUUCUGCGAUACCUGCUUUGGCACUAUACUGUUGAUAGAAUCCAAAGAUGAAGAUCGUGCAAAGGUUAAUGUUGACUUUGAUGAUAAAAACAGUUGGGAAUAUCUUUUCAAGUUAUAUUGGUUGGAUCUUAAAGGGAAAUAUUCACUAACCUUGGAAGAACUUGUCAAUGCCAAGAGCUGUUGGACUGUUCGUAGCACUUCUGCUCGUAGAGAGAAAGAAGAGUCAUCCGAUGACCUAUAUGAUGCAAACGAUGACAUUGAUGCCAGUUCUGAUGGCCUAUUAAGAAAACGAAAAAGGAAUGGUUCUUCAGGGAGAAGAGGACGGAAACAGCAAAAAAAAGGUGCUAUUACUACAAGAGAACAUGAAAUUUCAAUUAAAGGUGCUGAAAACUUACCCAAGACAGUACCACAUGAAGGAAUGACCUUUCUGGGUGACACACAGUGGGCAUCAUCAGAGCUCCUGGAAUUCAUUGGGCACAUGAGAAAUGGUGAUAUUUCUUAUAUUUCCCAAUUUGAUGUUCAGGUUCUUUUGCUUGAGUAUAUAAAGCAGAAUAACCUUCGUGAUCCUCGCCGAAAAAGUCAAAUUAUUUGCGAUAUGAGGCUUAGCAGUUUAUUCAGGAAACCUCGUGUUGGUCACUUUGAGAUGCUAAAGCUUUUGGAAAUGCAUUUUCAUUCGAAGGAGACGGUAAAUGGUGAUAGCCAAAAAGCCACUGACGUAGAUUCAGCUCAAAUAAACAGUGGAGAAUAUAAUGAUAUGUCAAGUAAAAUAUGCUCUGAUAAGAGGAGGAAGAUUCAUAAGAAGAUUGAAAGAGACUCACCAGCUAAUCUAGAGGAUUAUGCAGCCAUCGACAUGCAUAAUAUCAAUUUAAUUUACUUGCGUCGUAGCUUGUUAGAGGAUCUUAUUGAUGAUAAUGGCACAUUCUCUGACAAAAUUACUGGUGCUUUUGUGAGGAUAAGAACCUCUGGUGUUGGCCAAAAGCAAGAUAUGUAUCGCUUGGUGAAAGUUCUUGGUACACAUAAAGUAGCAGAACGAUACAGUGUUGGUAAGAAGACAACAGAUCAUGCACUUGAGAUAUUAAAUUUAGAUAAAAAGGAGGUUAUCACAAUGGAUACAAUCUCAAAUCAGGAUUUCACACAGGAGGAAUGCAAACGCUUACGCCAAAGCAUGAAGUGCGGUUUGAUUACCCGACUAAAAGUGGGAGACAUUCGUGAGAAAGCUAAAAUAUUUCAACAGCUUCGAGUUAAUGAUUGGUUAGAAAAUGAAAAGCAGAGAUUGAGUCAUCUACGAGAUCGUGCUAGUGAAACUGGGCGCAGAAAAGAACUUAGGGAGUGUGUAGAGAAGUUGCAACUUCUGAGCACUCCUGAAGAAAGAGCACGCAUGAUUAAUGAAGAUCCAGAAGUACAUGUUGACCCUUGUAUGGAUCCUAAUUAUGAAUCUGAGGAAGAAUUAGAGCUUAACAAAACUGUUGACCAGACAAGUAGGAAUGGAUCAGACUUGCUAUUUCAUCAUCAUGGAAGAACAGGGACAGAAACAAACUCUCUGCAGAAUCAUACACAAAAUUGUUUUGCCACUAAUCGUCGCUCGACUAUAAGUCCACCUACUGAAGGUGUGACACAUAGACAAGGAGAAGGUGACAUGGAACCAGAAAAAGUAUGGCACUACAAGGAUCCUUCAGGAAGUGUUCAGGGCCCAUUCACACUUUUGCAACUAUCCAAGUGGGCAGCUUAUUUCCCACGUGACCUGAGAAUAUGGUUAACAUUCGAGAGUGAACAAAACUCACUGCUUUUGACUGAGGUGCUCUCAAAACAAAAGGAUUUCAUCCAGUCUUCUUCUGAAGUUGACAAUAAUAAAUCAACAGGGGAAGGCGGUGGGCAAGAUAAAGUUAACUCAAGUUUGACUGGAAAUAACUCUCCCUCUCCUAUUGGUUAUAAUCUGAUAUUUUCUUCUCAGUUGCCUAGUCCAUCUGCUGACUGUUCUGCACCAUCUAGAGAAGGCCCAAACCUUCCAGGCGGUACCUUGCCAUUCACAACAAGCUGGAAAACCCAAAAGGAUGCUCAGAUGUUGCAUGGCCAGGCACAGCAUCAGGGCAAUUAUUCAUGUGCCAUCCCGUCAUCUGCAGUUUCAUAUAGGCCAGCCGGUUCUCAUGAUGAGUGGCCCCCUGGAGGCAACAUUGGUGAAUGGAACAAUAGUCAGGAUAGUGGUGGUGGUAUGUGGAGCCCAACGAAACCUCAUAUGAGUCAGAGUAAUUCGGAGCACCAUUCUGACAGGCGUAUUAUGAAGCCAUUGCAGAAUGAUUCUGAGAGUAAUUCUUUAGGAGGAUCUGCAGAAAAUUUAAAUUCCCAAAUGGAUUCUGGUUCACAGAAAAUACAGAGUCCUACACAACAAUCUGAGAGAGACCUUGCCACUUCUGUUGGUACUUCAAGGCAACCUGAGUUUAAAACUUGUCAACAGGAAGGCUCUUGCUGGAAUUCAUCGGAAGACCCUAUUACUCCUGAUGGGCUUCAAUUAUCUCUUGCUUCAGCAAAGCCUGAGAGCUGCUCUACAGUAAAUCCUAUUGAAGAUGGAGAUUCCAGUUUAGCUUCUCGCGUGGCUAAGCAAUCAGGAGCUCCUGUCUAUAGCCCACAAUCAGCUCCAGCUAUCUCUAAUUUAAACAAGGGCGAGGAGAAUAUGAAUCUUGGUAAAUCUAAUGAACCAGAAGCAUCAAAUAAAUCGUGUGAGCGUGAUGCAUCAAAUGCUCCAGUUAAUCAACCUCAUAAGACAGAAAGUAAUCCAGUAUUAUCUCCUGAUACUCAAGAUUUUGAGCACACACAUCCUAGCCCAACUCCUGAACAUGACACAAAGAAUCCAUUGAAGGAUCAAUCAAGGUCAACAUCAGUAGCACCUGAAGAGUUGGCUACAAAGGCACGUCGGCAGUCUUCCAUAGCUUUUAUAUCAGAAACAUCUGGCCCACCUUCGGGUAAAUUUGUUGGCAUGCAACCACCCAAGAAUACACCAUUUCUUGUUGAAAGAGAUAAAAAAGAUGGAGUACAACCAAAAGAGAACAAACUUUUAAGAGAGCAACCAAAAGAGGAGAGUACAACAUUUAAGAGAGAAAACAUAGCUGUUAAUCCUAUAUCUGACACUGAAGCAAUAGUUGCUGGUGUGCUGGAAUCUUUGACAGAGACAUAUAAUCUACAUGAAGAAACACCUUUGGAAAAUCUCACGUCAAACUCUGCUGAGGAAGAACAACCGCAGUGCUCUAGUCCUAUUGCUUUAUCUCCUUGGGGCGAACCAAGUUACUAUCAAGGUGAAGCUGUUGAUUCUGCUCUUUGGGGUGUGCAAGACGACCAAAGCAAUGACAUGUGGUCAUUGUCUUCACCGACACCUACUCUCCAACCUUCAGGCCUUGGAGCUGAUGUGAAGGAUUCCUGUGUUAUAGAGGAGGUGAUAGUAGCACAAGGAUGUAAUGCUGUUGAACCGUCACCAGCUCCAGUGGAGAAAAAGAUUGAAAAGGUAUCAAGUGCUUCCAUACACUCUGGAGUACCAGAACAGGUAAAAUCAAAACCAACUGCCACAUCAUCUCCAGAGGGGAGCACAAAAUCUUCAGGUUUGCCACCGUCUAGCACAUCUCUAGAGGGGGGUGCAGAUCCUUCAGGUUUGCCACCUUCAGGAGCUUCUUUGGAGUGGACCACAAAAGUUUCAGGUGUACAAUCCUCAGGCUCAUCACUGGAGGGGAGCAAAAAGGCUUUUGUCAGGCAACCGUCAGGCUCGUCACUAGAGGGAGACACAAAAGCUUCAGGCAGGCAGCCGUCAGGUUCAUCUGUAGACAAGAAACCUUCAGAUAGGCAGCCGUCAGGUGCAUCUCAAGAGGGGAACACAAAACCUUCAGCUUGGGAACCAUCUGUGCCAUCUCUUGAAGGUGGCACAAGAGCUUCAGGCUGGAAGAAACCUUCAAUUUCCAUAGACGGGAAUACGAAAGCUUUGGGUUGGCAGCGAUCAAGUCCAUCUCCAGAUGCGAGCAGAAAAGCUUCAGCAUGGCAAUCUUCAGGUUCUUCGCCUUUAGCAGGGAGCACAAAAGCAUCAGGUUGGCAGUCGUCGCCCCGCGAGAGCUCGAAACCUAAGCCGAGUUCCACAUGGGGUGCCAGCCAAAGCCGCAACUCGUCUUCUGCUCACCAAUCAACAACACCAGCCGGGAAACACUCGUCAGAAACGCCAAGGAGACAAGGAGAAGCUCCUGGAAACAAGAGCUGGCAUUCAUCCCCAGGCAAUGCUAGCGGCCGAGGCAGCCAUUCGAGCCACCACCAUGAUAGGCACUCACAGGGCAGCGAGCCAUGGCGUGGUAGCUCAAACCAUUCCAGGAGAUCAGAUCAUCGUCAGGACUACGGCGGCGGCGGCGGCUCGUCAAGAUCAUCAUCAUCAAGAGGGCAAUCCCAAAAAGGAAUAUGCAGAUUCUACGAGAAUGGCUACUGCAGGAAGGGCUCAUCUUGCCAGUACCUUCACCGUUGAUCUCCUCCAUGGAAUGAAAAAAAAGAGAGAAAAAAACGUCCUCACUCACAUUUUUGUAUAGUCGUAUAUGACCACUCGGUAGUCAACAUAGAAGCAGCAUCUGACCUUCUCGGCACCACUCAGUUGUUAGUAAAGUAUAUAUCCAUCAGCACAGGAGCAUGAUUUAAGGUAGUAGUAGUAGCAUUUUCACGCUUGGAAAAAACAGCCACUGAUGUAUGGCCACGAAUCUAGAUCCUCCUCUUUAGGUGCAUGAUUUAUUCUCAUUCUGCUCUUUAA